UCCUGUUAGUCCGAGCAGGGAGAAGUUCACUCAGAUCAGCUGAUCCUAACUGACAACAGGAGAGGAGGAAGCCCGGGAGGCAGCGAAGGAGGAGGGGGGUGGAGAUGGAGAGGAGGCUGGAUCCACCGGUGCCCUGAGGAACAGCCCCCGUCUCCACCGGCGCCCCGGGGUCCCCCGACGCCGCCUCGCCGCAGCAGAGCUGCUUCGUGGUAUCCUCUGAAAUACUGACUUGAGCUGCAUAAUAUUGAAAAGCUCCUGACCAUUCUCUUUCAUUACCAAAAUCUUGUGUCUGAGGCCCCAUGCAUGCGCCCACCUCAGUGAACCCAUCAGAUCUCUCUCAGAUAGCCAUAACAGACCCUCUCAAGUUAAUUUUAACCACAUAUUUGCCUGCACUUUAUGGAGGAUGAAACUAUCAAACCAAGUCAACGUUGCUGCUGAUUCAGGAGUCUUGGCAGCAGGAAAUUAAAUAUCCGAACAUUUGUAAAUGUGUGAAGAAUUCUAAUAAGACAUCGAAUGUUUUUUUAAAAACAUUUUUUUAAGGGUGUUCAGAACCCUGUGGAGGCUGUGCUCAGUCUUCGGACUCAAGGCCUUUGUCUUCACUUCUGGGGAAAGCCCAGGUACUGUUAUAUGGUAGGUGCUUUCCUUCCCGGUCUGAAUAUGAGUGCGCAGACUUCCCCAGCAGAGAAGGGCCUGAACCCUGGGCUGUUGUGCCAGGAGAGUUACACCUGCAGCGGGACUGACGAAGCCGUCUUCGAGUGUGACGAGUGCUGUAGCCUGCAGUGUCUCCGCUGCGAGGAGGAGCUCCAUCGGCAGGAGCGCCUGAGAAACCAUGAGCGGAUCAGGCUCAAAGCUGGCCACGUCCCUUACUGUGACCCCUGCAAGGGCCCCAGUGGGCAUUCUCCAGGUAUGAAGCAGAGGGCAGUUGUGAGGUGCCAGACCUGUAAAAUCAACUUGUGCCUGGAGUGCCAGAAGAGGACUCAUUCUGGGGGUAACAGAAGGAGGCACCCUGUUACGGUGUACCAUGUGGCUAAGGUCCAGGAGUUGCUGGAGGAAGAAGGGAUGGAUGAGGACACCAAAAGGAAGAAGAUGACUGAGAAGGUUGUGAGUUUCCUCCUAGUAGAUGAGAAUGAAGAAGUUCAGGUAACGAAUGAAGAGGACUUUAUUAGGAAAUUGGACUGCAAACCUGAUCAGCAUCUGAAAGUGGUUUCCAUUUUUGGAAAUACUGGGGAUGGGAAGUCUCAUACCCUCAACCACACUUUCUUUUAUGGCCGGGAAGUCUUCAAAACCUCCCCUGCCCAGGAGUCCUGCACUGUGGGAGUGUGGGCAGCAUAUGACCCAGUCCACAAAGUAGCAGUGAUAGACACAGAAGGGCUCUUGGGGGCUACAGUGAACCUAAGCCAGAGAACACGGCUGCUGCUUAAGGUCCUGGCCAUCUCAGACCUCGUCAUCUAUCGAACUCACGCAGACCGGCUGCACAAUGACCUCUUCAAGUUCCUUGGGGACGCCUCAGAAGCUUACCUGAAGCACUUCACCAAGGAGCUCAAGGCUACCACUGCCCGCUGUGGCCUGGAUGUCCCCCUGUCCACCCUGGGCCCUGCUGUUAUCAUUUUCCACGAGACUGUGCAUACUCAGCUGCUAGGCUCGGAUCACCCCUCUGAGGUGCCCGAGAAGCUCAUCCAGGACCGGUUCCGGAAGCUGGGCCGCUUCCCUGAAGCCUUCAGUUCUAUUCAUUACAAGGGAACGAGGACAUACAAUCCUCCCACAGACUUUUCUGGUCUUCGACGUGCUUUGGAGCAACAACUAGAGAAUAACACCACCCGUUCUCCCCGACACCCGGGGGUCAUCUUCAAAGCCCUGAAGGCCCUGAGCGACCGCUUCAGCGGUGAGAUCCCCGAUGACCAGAUGGCACACAGCUCCUUUUUUCCAGAUGAGUACUUCACCUGCUCUGUCCUGUGCCUCAGCUGCGGGGCUGGAUGUAAGAACAGCAUGAAUCAUGGGAAAGAAGGAGUACCUCAUGAAGCCAACAGCCGCUGCAGAUACUCUCACCAGUAUGACAACCGGGUUUUUACCUGCAAGGUGAGUCCACCCAGCUUCUUCCCUAGCAGCUGGCUUGCCGGCCAUACUCUCCUUUUGGGAAGACUGGCUUGGGACCAUUCUUUGCUGCAUCCCAAAGUAUCUGAUACUCAAAUUGAAUAUCUCUGGAACUUCUCUCCAGCUCUAACCAUAAGAACUCACAUGUCUGUUGCUGGGGACUCCUUGGUUUAUUUUUUUAAGCUUCAAUCCCCCUUAUUUUGUUGAGCUUAUAUAUGCAAGGGCCAUCUACAUUGACUGUCAUUCUUUUCUUUUUUUUUUUU